AUGUCCAACCAAUCGUCAAAUUCAUUCUCCAGCUCUGUAAGCUACACGAGCUCUAGCACUAGCAACAACAAUGGCGAGACCACAGGAUAUCGCUCCAGCCACACAACUCUGGCUACGCCUUCUGGUACUACCGUUACUUCAUCCUCUCAGAAUUACGGUGGACCCGCUGUGACUGAGACUCGUCAUUUCGACUCACAAGGCCGCGCCGUCGAGUCCAGCGGAAACUCCAGCGGACGUGUCAUCGAAGAUUUUAGCAAGGAAGAGCAAGCCAAGCGCGAUGCUGAAUAUGAGGAGAGGAUUGAGGAAGAAUAUGCCAAACGUGAGGGUGGUGCGUAGAAGUGUUUCUCCCCCUGUUCGGCCGCGGAUUGAGCUCUGCAAUAAGGAAACAUUCGACUUUGGCUUUUUAACGAAAAUCUCGGGACAACUGAAGUAGUCUAUUUGAUCUCAAUCUAGCUUGCAACAUCACUCUUGUCGUUGAAAUCAAGUAGGAAAGGCUCUGUACGAUAUUUCACAUACGCCGGUCGUGACAGGCUCUGCCCGGCGACAUCGAUGUCUGUCUUGAUAUCGUCGAUCAAGCUCUCCUUGCUGACGUAGUCGUACUCGGGCCGGAUGAAUCCCAGAAUAAUGACGUUCAUGUGACUUUCGUAGAAGUCGGUCUCGAAAUCAUGCAUAAUGUGCACCUCGAUACUGCGAACAGUGUUCUUGUAGUAUGGGUUCCAUCCAAUAGACAUGACCAUUGGGAACACUGCGCCGCGAGUCUGUGUCUGGCUAUCGGCUUUGUCGUCUUUCAAUAGGACGC